AUGUCCUCCAGCAUGUCCUCCACCCUGUUCUCUACUGUCACCUCCCCCCUGCCCGUGGCCUUGACCCCCAUCAUUCCUAGAGGUAUCGACUGGAACCAGUUCAACGAUUGUUGGGCCUUCGUAACGUCCCUCGCCCCCAGCAUGUGGAGUCUCAGCAUCUGGUGCCUCGACAUCAGCAGCGCCUUCCCUUUCUUGUUGCUUUCUCCUCUUGUCUCUUCUUCUUCCCCACCAUAUCCUGAAGCCGAAGCAGAUGGCGAAGACGAGGACCACGCCCAGACUGAGAGCGAUUACUUCGCCGAUAUUCCACGAGCUGUUGGUCAUCGGAGUGGUGGAUGUGGCUGGUUUGUUGGUGUUGACUUGGGCGUUUUUGUUCUCCUUCUGGAGAAUGCCGAUUAG